GAUAUAGAAGAAGAGAACAAGAGGUAAAGAGAGAAAGAGAGAGAGAGAGAGAGAAAACUCUUUGGCUCAUUGGUCUGUAGUCUAAGAAACUGGCGGAGUUUCAUUGACUUUCAGACCAAUCCGAAGAUCUGAAAUCUCUAAAAAUACAUUUAGAAUUAGUAGGAGGAGAUGAAGGAGCACCUCCUUCUCUCCUAAACGAUCAGAAAGAUCCUUCCAAGUAUAUUACUUAUCGCAUAUCGCUACUGCGUACCAAGUUUAACGGAUCCUAUACACACAUUAUCUUAAGAUAGAUGUACUUCUCUUAUGUUGUACAAUUAUAAAAAUUUCGAUUAAACAAUUAAAGAAAUAACAAACAACAACAACAACAAAAUAUAUCAAACUAUGUGACAAUAUUAUCGAUGAGAAAAGUAGUGAAUUAUCAAAAGAUUAGUAAAGUUGCAUUAACACUUAUCUAAUAUCUUUCAUGUUUAAAAUAUGUAUAGAUAUAGAUAGAUAGUGUUUUUGCACUUUCUUACAAUAUUUUCUGAUCACAUUUAUAUCUGAAGUUUAUCACACACAGACUUUUAUCUAAUAAAAUAUUAAUUGACGAAAAUAAGAAAAGAAAACAAAAGAAGAAGGAAGAAAGAAAGUAGUUCGUCAUAAUGAAGAUAGAAAACAACAGUGCUACGAAUCAAUUAAAUUCUGCUGGAUUAGACGUCCAACGUUUGAGAAGUCCAAAAUGUGCGAGGUGUCGAAAUCAUGGUGUCAUUUCUGGAUUGAAAGGUCAUAAAAGAUCAUGUGCUUGGAAGGAUUGCCGUUGUCCUUGUUGUUUAUUGGUUGUUGAAAGACAAAGGGUAAUGGCAGCGCAGGUAGCUUUACGUAGACAACAACAAGCUCGUGACAAUUGUUUCAUUGAUAAUAAUUUCGUUCAAUCGUCGCACAAUCAAGUGCCGGUAGAUGUUAAUGGUAUUCCUAGAUUUAACGAUCUAGCAACUGUUGCGAAAAUGAAUAAUAAUAAUAAUAAUAAUAAUAAAAGGACAUCUCAAAGAAAUUUUCAACAACAUCAAAUGCACUUCACUCGUACCAGCAUCAGCGUCACUCAAGGAUUCUGCGGACUAGGUGGUGGUAAUCAUAACACCAUACCAGAAGUUUUUCCUUCGGAUAAUCGUUUACUUCCAUCCUUGCCGGCAGUAUCUCAAGGGCAAAAACAGGAUCUCGAAUCCACCGUAAGGUUUCAUUCAUUUCGUACAUUAUAUCCAACGAUUCCAUGGUUCAAUCGUAUCACAGAACCCAGAAGAUUACAGGACAAUCUUGAUGGUUUCAUUUCAACUGUUAAAGACUUUAAAAGUAAAACUUGUGUAGAUAAAAAAGCAGCCAUUUCUUUUAGCGUUGAAUCGAUUAUAGGUACAAAGUAAUAUAUAACAGUGAGAGGAAUAUAUAUAUAUAUAUAUAUAUA